UUGGGUUUGCUCUUAUUCUGUGGUUUGGCCUUUCUUCCUUACACUUUUUCGAUUUUCUCACUAUGGCAGAGGCUAUCAAGUCGCCAUCCAGGCCUCAAUAUUGUCAUGAUGUAUCUUGGAAUCCCCUGAGCUACAGAUGGCCCAGUGUAAUCUUUAACCAACAUUACGGCCUGCCUCCGUUAUUGGACCCUCAAGACCUCAGCUGGAUGGAAGGCAUCUUCAGAAGGCUGGGGACGUCGUCUUGGCCCGGGUACUUGCGCACACCCGUGUUUGCUCCCUUUACUCAGGCCCCAGGACAGCACGUGUCUACGCUGCAGAGGGAGAUGAGUGGAGGGGUGUCGGAAGUGGUUGGUGAGAUGUGCAAGUGGAAGAUUAGCUUGGAUGUCAAUCACUUCGCUCCCUCGGAGAUCACGAUCAAAAUACAGGAUGGAUUUUUGGUAGUUGCAGGUAAGCAUGAGGAAAGACAAGAUGAGCACGGCUACAUUGCUAGAUGUUUCACAAGAAAAUACACACUUCCAGGUGGUGUUGAUGCUGAAAAUCUCCAGUCGCGUCUGUCCGCCGAUGGGAUCCUUACAGUGGAAGCACCAUUACCCAGCAUUCCCCUCCCUGCUGAUGUCGAUAUCUCCAUCCAGGUGGAUGAAACCGUUGGAGGAAAACAACAAGAUGGCGACGAGCCUCAAGACGGCGUUGAAGCAGAAGCUAAACCGGAAGGCGAAACUCCCGAACCCCCAGUCCCAGCUGAGCUUGCUGAGGGUGCACAGGUCACCGAACAAGAACAACAGACUGUAUCUGACGUAUCUGGCGUUGAAGCAGAAGCUAAACCGGAAGGAGAAACUCCCGAACCCUCAGUCCCAGCUGAGCUUGCUGAGGGUGCACAGGUCACCGAACAAGAACAGCAGACUGUAUCUGACGUAUCUGGCGUUGAAGCAGAAGCUAAACCAGAAGGAGAAACUCCCGAACCCUCAGUCCCAGCUGAGCUUCCUGAGGGUGCACAGGUCACCGAACAAGACCAGCAGACUGUAUCUGACGUAGAUGCAUCUAGAGAACCACAACCCGAGUCCAUCUCAGAAGCUGCACCAGAUACCAUUGAGUCUGAAAGAGAGCAGGUUGCUGAACCCAGAGAGGAGGACAAAGAAGGUGCUUUCCAAGAGGCGGGCAUCGAACGAGACGAGGAGGAAGUCCAUGAGUCUGCAGACAAGCCUCAGGCUCCAGAGACUCCAGACACCAUCACCUCCGAGCAAGGAGAGCAGGCAGAGGUCGUGCAGCCUCAGGUACUGGAGGGUGAAGAAGGAUAUACAGACCCUGCUGUGACAGGAGAUGAGCAAUCGAUCAUCGGACAAACCCAGGAGGUGUUCACCCCUCAGCAGGUGCUCCAAAAGGAAAUGGAUGUUGGAAAAAUGUAGGCUAGAAGAAAGAAACACCCCCAGCUCUUUCCUUAGCCUCUAAAUUUUCGAAUUUACUGUAACAUGCAUCUUCUUAGCACUAAUAAAGACCUGAGCAAGA